AAUAAAGAUGGCGUCAUUUUUGACUCUGAGUUAUAGAAGGUGUUAAAUGAAGCAGAAAGAACUCCAAGUGUAUUCUUUGGUAAUGCCCUGUAUUUUUUAACUGAAUAAAUAGUUGUGUAUUUCAUGUGAAAAAUUACCUUGCUGUGUGGCGCCCUCGUCCGGCAGCUCAAAGUGCGAGCAGCCGCAAAAGUUUCUACCUCCCUCCUUAGCAACCAUGUUAGCAACCAGACGCUCCAGCAUCGAUAAAGACUGAUACCAAAUAUUAGUGAACCCAAAAGAGCCAGUUGUAAGUUAUGGCUGUCGUCAGGGAGAAUAGUAUUAAUUUAGUUUAAUAUGCGAGAUAUUGUCAAUAUUGACACACAAGGACUUCAGUGACAAACAUUUACAGCAUCCGGUGGUUAACUAGUGGUACAUCUGUAGAGGCUAGCACAGUUAGCAUCAAUGUGUUGCGACGUUUAGUGCUUUCACUGGCUAACCUCAGCUAUUACAGAGUUAUGUUGCAGAGUGAGAAACAAAAGAACCGUGGUGACGAGGAGGUGGUGAAAAAACUGUGCAUGGUUAAUGGAGUGUCCUAUGAAAAAAUAGCACAAGAAGGGUGCAACAUCAGGACACUAGAGAUGUUCUUCUCUGGUUUCCCUCGCAUGGUGGGGCUAUCCUUCUUUCCAAGGCUUUGCCGGCUUACCAUAGUGGACCAGAACAUAACACACAUUGAAGGACUUGAGUGCUGCCCUCUGCUCCAGGAGCUCUGGAUAGUCCAGUGUCAUCUGACAGAAAUAUCUGGACUACAGAAUUGUCUACAACUGCAGAAGCUGUACCUUUAUGACAAUCAAAUCUGUGAAAUAGAGAAUUUAGAACUGCAGGUCAACCUGGAAGUGCUAUGGCUCAAUAAUAACUGCAUAACGAACAUACAGGGCUUAAACACACUUAAAAACCUGAAGGAACUAAACCUUGCUGACAACAACAUUAAAAAAAUUGGGUACAGCCUUGAUCCCAAUGUCAGCCUUCAGAAUCUCAAUCUGUCUGGGAACAAGAUCAGCUCCUUUAAGGAGCUGACCCAGCUCGUGCAUCUACCCCAUUUGAGAGAAUUAGCACUGAAGGACCCCACGUCAACGCCAAACCCAGUGUGUCUGCUGUGUAACUAUGCCACACACGUUCUGUAUCACAUGCCAGGCCUCCAGCAACUCGACACCUACGACGUCUCCAGCAAGCAAGUCAAGGAGGCAGCUGAGUCUGCUGUAAUGAAGAAAAUGAUGUACUACAACAUGCGUGUACGUACUGCUCAGAGGAACCUGGCUGAGACCCAGCUCAGUCUGAUAAAGACGAAAAAAACUCUAUUACAGUUACCCGAAGAAUGCAACCGGGCCCUCAGUCAUGCUCUGAAAUGUCUUGAACGUGAGCUCUCCAUGGUGCCGCUCGGUUGCAAGAAGUCUGCCUGCAAGUCGGGGGAUGAACCGGGAGGACCGAACCACCUGGAGGAAGGUUUACCUGAAAGAAGUGACUCAUCCCAUGACAUCAGUCGUGAUCCUGCCAUGGAGCACAAAAUACUCCAUAAGAUUGAAGUACUGAAGGAAAGAUUGAAGCUGUGGACCAGGCGAAUGGAGGAGAUUGAAGCCUGGUAUGAGCAAGAAUUGGCCAAAGCCACAAAUAGAAUGGAAUAUAUGGUGCAGUUUCUGUUGAUGGAGCUUGAAAGUGUUGGAAAUAUCCGUUUAGAGGAGGGCUGCUCCGCAGAUCCCUGGUUUACAUCCUGUUGUGACCUCCUGAUUUCCCGCUUCUCUCCUUCGGACUACAAGAUUCAAGGCGUCAUUGACAUUAAAAUUGACAGAGUUAUUCGCAUUCACAACAGUGCUUUGAGGCUUCGCUUUGAGGACAAACUUCAUAGCCUGCUACCCAGUGAAGAUUCUGUUUACCUUUCACAGAAUUACAGACGUCGACUGGAGUAUUUAUUCUAUGUAGCUGACCCUGAACAAUGUGAGAAGAAAGAAACUUUGUGCAUUCUGGAGGAAGGCUUCAAAACAGCACAGCAACAUAAGGAUUUGGGAGGAGUGGAAGCUAUACCUUUAUCGAAUAGUUUAAGUGUUACCGAACUACCCAGAGUUGAUUAUGUACUGCGCCAGGCCAACCAGUGCAAUUCUAAGCAAAGUACAGAUACAAUCCCUUUUAGACAUGGUCAGGUUAUUGUUUCCAAAGUGUUUGUGGGUAACAGUAUGCCUAUCCGAGAGGGAGAACUGAUGGACAGAAGCAGCUAUCCCAGAGUGUUCUCUGUGUAUCGCAAUGUGGACACUAAGCACAGAUCUGCAAUGAGUGAAGAGAGACCUCACUCCACCAAAACAUACUCUGGUCCUGACUGCAAUCUGCGCCGAAGACAGUGGUUUGUGUUUGAACAUGAGCUUGUCCUGCCUGAGUACAUCAUAUAUUUUGAAUACAUCACUGGGGACAAGAAACAACCUGCAUUUCCAAGCCACAGCACAGGCAGAGAUACUGCUCCUUCCAAUGACAUCUUCCUGGACCAAGGAGUCCUCAACAUGGAGCCUGUGCUGAAACCGAAGCCCAAGUUGUUGAGCUUGGAUGACACAAUUCUUCUAAACGUGGCCAGAGCCAAUGUCCUCAGUCAGAUCACUAAACUUAAUCUUCAUGGCAACAGUCUUAGCAAAAUUAAGGAGAUUUCCAGCCUCACAGCUCUGAGACAUCUUACCAUCAGCUUCAAUGAGUUCACACGACUUGAUGACGUUUCUCACAUGCCCAACCUUGAGUUUUUGGAUGCUAGCUAUAACCACAUAGAGACUCUAGGAGGGCUGCGGGGAUUGGGACAGCUCAAACAGCUCGACGUGUGCUGGAACAAGUUGACCAAAGCCAGAGAGGAGACAUCUGUGCUGAGAAAACACACACCUGCUCUCCUGAAACUGGACACCCGAUUCAAUCCCUGGAACAAGCUAGAGACAGUCAGAAUGACCAUACUGGGCCGCCUCACAACCCUCACACAUCUGGAUGAUGUCCUGGUAGCAGAAGAGGAGGCUGCUGAAGCUAUUCAGAUGGCUACUGGGUCCAAAAUUAACCAGGCAUCUCUCCUGGCACACUCUCGUACCAACGAAGACCGUCCACGUAGUCUUAGUUUGCUGUCAACAGCGCAGCUCCUAUAUCGUUUGAGUCCUGCACCCUGGGGCCUUGGUACAGAACUGGAGCCAGACUGGACUGCUAAGAUCACCACCCUGAACCUUGACAACCUGAGGAUUUCCAAGCUGAUCAAUCUGAAUAAGCUUGUUAACCUGCGCUGGGCCUCCUUUAACGAUAACAAGAUCUCCAAAGUGGAAGGUCUUGAAAGCUGCCUGAAGCUAGAGGAGCUCUCCCUAAACAACAACAGCAUCAGCACUCUCAAUGGCCUGGCAAGACUGCAGUGCCUCAACAAACUGAGUGUAGAUGGGAAUCAGCUGUCCAGUCUGGAUGCUUCAGUUCUAGACCAGCUGCCCAGCCUGGCUUUUCUGUCAGUGGAGAACAACUCCAUCGCUUCCCUCCAUGGCAUCCACAGAGUUCGCUCUCUCCUUGAACUCUACAUCGGCAGCAACCAGCUUUCUACUUCAAGAGACAUCUACUAUCUGAAAGGAUUGGCAAACCUCAUCAUUCUGGAUCUCUGUGGGAAUCCUUUAGUAGAAAAACUGGAAAACUAUCGUAUAUAUGUAGUGUUUCAUCUUCCCUCCCUUAAAGCUCUGGAUGGAUUUGCAGUGGAAGUGAGUGAGAGUGAGAGUGCAAAGAAUAUGUUCAGGGGGAGACUAACCACUGACAUGGUAGCAGAGAAGCUGGGCCACUCAAACUACACAGAAAUCACCUACCUAACCCUUCAAUCCUGCUCCAUUAGGAUGGUUGAUUUGUCUCCAGUGGACCAGUUCUGUAGCCUGCACAGUGUCAAUUUAGACCACAACAACCUCACAUCCUUCUCAGGCCUCAUCUACUUGCCUAAUAUCAAAGCUCUGUCUCUGAACUACAACCACAUCGAGUCCAUUCUGCCGAGGCAGAGGACUCAGGCUCAGCUGACUAACAGACAGAUACUGUACAGCAAAGUCCACUCCAGCGGCUACGGCCAGAAUAGCCCAUCCAAAGCCAGCAGGGAUACUGGGCCCACUGGCAGCCUGGAGCCACUGAUGGGAAGCCUGGAGGUGCUUCAUUUGAGUCACAAUGGCAUCUCCAAUAUGGCCAAUCUGCAGCUCAGCAGGCUCACCAAUCUUAAAGCACUCUUCCUACAAGGUAAUGAGAUCAGCCAGGUGGAGGGCUUGGAGGGGCUUCACCAGCUCAGAGAACUUGUGUUAGACAGAAACCGGAUCAAAGCGCUGGCCAAGAACUCUUUCACAGCCCAGAACGUCCUGCUAGAACUGCACCUAGCAGAGAACCGGAUCCGGGAGCUAAACCAUCUCGAUCCACUUACUGAGCUCCGCAAACUCUUCCUCAACAUGAACAGACUGCAGGACGUCACAGAGCUUGACAAAUUGGAAGUUCUUCCCUCCCUGAUGGAGCUCUCUGUUGUCGGCAAUCCUGUGGCACGUAAUUCUCUCCACAGACCAGCAGCAGUGCUUCGCCUGUCCCAGUUGCAGGUGCUAGAUGGAGUGAUGGUCACUCUAGAGGAAAGGACGAGGGCUGAACUCCUCAGUGCUGAUCCAUCUGCAUGCUCUCAGCAUCCUGGAGCUUCUCUUCCCACCCCUGAAAUUAACCUGCCUGGACCACUGUCACUCAUGCCUCAUAACACCACUCUGAGAGGAAUGAGUAUAGGGGGAGGACUACAGAACUUCAUGCACGGACAUGAUGUCAUGCCAAGUAACGUGGACGAAGAUCACUAUACAUAUAAAUACAAGAAGAAUAGGUACAGUAAUGUGCCUCGAAGUGGCCAAACAGACAUCAACUUCAGACACAGUCGGAGAGCUGGAAGUAACCCGCUCAGCACAUGUCUCCUGUCCAAUGGGAACAGAGUCAUCAUAAUGAAUUCCAAACAGGAACAAGGCAGCAGAUUCCCAAAUGGUAGCAAACCUCCACCCAUGUAGCAACCAGAAGAAGAGGAGCAUUUAGUGAUCAUUUAGUGGCACAAUCCAAAGGUACACAUGCGGCAGCCAUGGUAUACAACACACACACACACACACACACACACACAUAUAUAUACACAUAUAUUUGAAUGGUGUCAUUUCUGUAAAUUUGCCUUAAUAUCAAAUAGCAUCUGCAUAGCUGAGUUUUGUUUUUGACAUUGCAAUAAAUAAUUUUAUUUUAUGAUUUUUUUUUACAUGUAUACAAAACAAUCUGAAUAAAUUACUUCUGCUGCUACAAUCUGAAUAAAUUACUUCUGCUGCUACAAUCUGAAUAAAUUACUUCUGCUGCUCUAUGAAUUAUACAGUACUACAACUAAAACUGCUUUUGACUUACAGUAAAUUAGGCUACUUGAUGGGGGGCCUGUAGUGCACUACUUUCAAAUGCAUUGAAAGUAAUGCACUGACUGUGACUUUAUUUUCUAUCCACAUAUGUGGAUCACUAACCAUGGUAAUCUGAGGAUGAGAGGUUUUGGUGUCAUUUCAGCCGCUAUCCCAUCCUUUAGCCCCAAACAAGUAAAAAAAAAAACACCCACAGAUGUAAGGGCGUGUGAGCCUGGCAUGCUGCGUCCAUUGGGUCAAAUGCAUCCCCAACAAGUGGAUAAUCCAGCUUUAGCACACCUCUCUGUGGACAAUAAUCUGCAGUCAGUCAGAUAAAGAUGUAAUCUUGAAUAAGGUCCAAAUGGAUUUCAGAGAUUGUCAGUUUCAUCAUGUUAGCCUCUUUUCGAAAGCUCACUGCAGUUUCGCCUCUAACAGGCAAAUCUCAUGUGUUGUAACUGGAAACGAACCUACUCCACUUGAUGUUUAUUAUGUUAGUUCUGAUGAAUAUUAGAACAUAAUCCUCCGUGUCUUCCAGUUGGUUUAGAGUACUGUGGCUGACAGAAUUACAGUCUAAAUAUGGAAGAUAUGGGCCAGGCCAGUGAUACUCAGUUCAUAUCAACAAUGAAAGCAAAUUGCUUCAUACUGGAAUCUGUUAAUUUUUGUUUUUAUUUUCAAUGUAUGUUUGUUUCCAUUUCUCUUACUUGGGUAAUUUGAAAAUAUAUAAUUUUGAAGACAGACGAAUGCUGGAUUUUUAAAAAAUGUUUAUUAAUUUUAUCUGAUAAAGAUUAUUGUCAUUUUGCAAAAGUACUAUGUAAGCCAGUAGACUAUCUCUGGCCUCGGCUAUAUUACAUGGCGUAAUAAGUUUUCAUUGUGAAACCCCUAAACUGAUAACUGUAAUGUGAAAACAUUUACUUGAAAAAAAUGUUAAUAGCUCACCUAUUCCCAUCUAACAAACAGUGCAUGACUAUUAUAAUGCUCAGUGAAGUUAUUUUCACUUUAACCGUUCAGACCUGCGUUACAUGUCUGAAGAAUGCAUUUUAUGGUUACAAUGCUGUUUCAUUGGACUUGUAUUUUUACAUAAAACACGUCGAGAAAACACAACAUUAAAGUCAGAAAACAGUUGUGGGAAAAGAAUGCUCUUUGUUCCGAACUGUAAAUGAAACUCCAGCAAAAGUAAACACUGAAACAUUUCUCCAAACAACAUCGCUCUGAAUCCACCAGUUUCCAAGACACAGUAUUAGCUGCGGAGUUUGUGAAUCAGUGGCGUUAACAUGACCACUAGGUGUCCUUAGAGCUCUAUUGACACUGCCAAUCAGUCCUUAGUGAAUGCUCCUCUUGCCCUGUAGGCAGUAAUUUAUCAGUUGAAGGGGGAUAUGUGUACUUCAGUUUUGUGUCUCCUGCCUGUGUUGCUUUUGCUGGCAGCAGCCAGCUCUACACAGCAAAAGUGAAAAGCUCUCCCCAAACAAGCUCCUCUAAUGCAUGUACUUAACUUCACUUAAUUUGUGUUAAUUCCCGGCAUUAAGCGGGGCUAAUGACUGCGCAAGUGAGUGCACUGUCAUUACCUUGGUCUGCCUGACAUCAAAUGGCAGCUGAUGGAAAGAAAAAAAAAACAGCACAGAUUUGGGAGCUCAGUGUAAGUGCUCUAAUGCAUUAGGUAUUGCAGAGGAUAAUUACACAUUUUAUAUUUGUGUACAGUAUGUGCAGUAUGGAUGUUACAAAUAUAACUACUUUUAAUUCUGCUGUGUGUGGUGUAAGCUUAUAGUGAACAUACCACUUCACACAGUAUGUCUCAGAUCUGCAUAUCUGUCCGUAUUUCUAACAUUAAAAUGACAUUAGCAUAAAAGUUGUGAAUAAUUCAUCACUUCUGAGUGAACCCAGAUGCACUGCUCUCUCCGUCUAUCUCUCUCCCUCUCCUCGCUCCUCCAUGUGAGUAGACCACAUGGUUUGUAGCUGGUUUAAUGGGAUGGAAUGUGACAGGUUAUGUUUUCAUCCGCCUGAUAUGGAGCCCGACUCAAGCGGGAGGAACCGGGAGGGAGAAGGAGAGGCUGAGAAAGAGAGAGAAAAGGGUAGGGGAAGGGAGUUGGUCUCUACAGUUGCAAUCUGGAUUUAUAAUUAGACAUGUUUGUGCUUGUUGUGAAUCAGUUAUAGAUGAUGCCCCCCUCCCCCCUGCAGAAUCCACACCACACACACACACAUAGAAAAACACAUGCUCUGUAUGGGGCCAUUACUGCUGGUCCACUAACUCCCUGCAUUUGCUGUGUCUGUGCAUUCAGAGCACCAUUAGUCCAAGACUCUGUGAAUAAUUGCUGAAUGGACCAUGUUUUCGCUGCGGUCUACUCAGCUUCCAGUGUUGGGGAUGAAGUUGGAGGGGUGACGACAUUGAUUGAUGUUUGAUACUGAAGUUAACACCGCAGUGCUUAUCGAAGCAUUAUGUACUGUAUGUGUAAUGGAUGAACAACAUUAUACUCCACGCGUUACACAUUCACCAGCUUGUACUAGGUUUAAAAGUGCUUUGAUAGAGGCUACAAUUCUAUCAGCAUCAUCACUUCAGUUGAAAUUGCUGUUGUAAAAAUGACCUCUUCAACUGCUGAUGACAUCAACAAAAUAUAAAUUAUUUUGUUUUCAAAUGGAACAUAUUAUGUCCCGGGUUUUUUUUUUUUUUUUUAUCCUCACAAAUACAUCCUCUAUCUUGCACAUAUUGCUUCUCUUGAAAUCUGUCAUUGAGUUAUUGUUGUUGCUUGUCAUUUUCCUGUAAUUUGUUUCCUGUGGAAUAAAGAGCAAAUGGAGAGAGAGUGAAAAUACAGAUAAAAGAAUGGAGUGAGAGGAACAAUUAGAAUGAAAAGGAAAAUGCUUUUAUUUUGUGUAGACAUUUUGGAUGAGAGCGAGCCUCACAGAAGCAUUAAAUAUUAACUGCUAUUCAUCUCUGGACUUGUGUGUCAUUUAUCACAUUAUUGAACUAGUGCAUCAUUUAUCACAUUAUU